AUGCGACGCCUCCUCGCUCUCUGCGCCGUCGCGUGCGCCGAACCCAAACAACGCGGUCACAAUAGCUCCGCGCCGAAGCCCUACGAAGGCAAAGGGAGCCUGGGGUGGUGGAACCUGGGCCACGGCGUCGGGUGCCCGUUCCACGAGCCGGGCGCGGGGAGCUUCGUCGGCUCGGACGGCGCGCGGCGGACCUGCGCCCGGCUCCAGACGAGCGCGCCCGACGUCCGACGGCGAGCCUGCGGCGCCGCCGCGGCGGCGGCCGCGUGCCCGAACGCGUGCGUGGCCUGCUGCGACGGCGCCGCGCUCGUCGGCGGCGGCGCGGCCGACGGCGCGUGCGCCGCCGUCGGCCGCGAGUUCGCCGACGCGGCCGCGGCCGCGGCGACGCUCGAGAGCUUCUGCGACGACCCGCCGGCGCGGUCCUACGACGACCACGCGCUGACGUUCUUCCCCGGCCCGCGCGCGGCGCAGUCCAAGUGCUUCGGCCGCUUCCAGGAGGCCCACGUCCACGACUCGCCGGACGACGCGGCGCUGAGCCGCGACAUGCGGGCGACGUGCUGCAGCUUCGCGGCGCUGAACCGCGAGCGGGCCCGCGAGCGGCGGACCAUCCAGCGCGCGAUCCGCGGGAACCUUCCGGGGAAUCAUCCGGCGGGCGACCGCUACCUCAUGUUCCCGCGGUCCCAGAUCGAGGCGGCGCGCGCGCACGCGUCCGCGUCGACGCGGGACGUCGACGUGAACUUCCUCGGGCGGCUCCACGGCGACGACGACGGGUCGCCGCUGCUCGACUACGUGUUGCGAGAAGACUACGACGCGGACGUCUUCUCGACGCGGGUGGCCGCGAGCAUGCGCGUCUGGCUCGGGCCCUUCGUCGACGCCUUUUUCACGGCCGAGUCCGUCCUCGUGGACACGUCCAUAACCGACGCGGCGACGUACGUGUCGCGCGGUGCGUUCGACAAAACGUCAUCCGCCGCGGGCUUCCGGCCCAUGUCGUUCAGCGGCGUCAACGCGAGCAGCUGCAAGCGCGCGACGUGCGACCCGGCCUACUACGAGAAACUCGCGCGGUCGCGCUUCACGCUCGCGCCCGCGGGCGACAUGCCCUGGUCCCUCCGCUUCUUCGAGGCGAUCAUGGCCGGGAGCGUGCCGAUCCUCUCGAGCAAGGAGCACGCGGGCCGGAAUCGCGCGGAGAAGACGCUCGGCUACAAGUACCUCCUCGUCUCCGAGUACGUCGCGCGGCGGAAGCGGUUCCCGGGCGCGGCGCCCUACUGCGCCGAGUGGGCGGACCACAACCUCGCGAUCUUCCUCGAGCACCAGUCCUACAUCGAGGACCCGACCACGGCACCUCUCAUCAUGGGCCAGGCCGAGUCAUCCACCGUCAAGUCGUCUCAGGACGAGGAAUCGAUCUACUUCCAGACGUCGCUCGUCGUCGAGGGCGAGCGGCUGUCGCCCAUCGCGUACUACCAGGAGAGCGCCGACGACGCCACCUCGACCGCGUCCUCGGCCUUCUUCUGCGCCGAGGCGGGCAGCAAGUUCGAGAUCAAGGUGACGCUCGCGCGGCCGCCGCCCGAGGGCGUGCUCUACGGCGCGCGCGUCUACGUCGACUCCGGCGCGCCCGACGUCGUCUACGAGGCCUGCGGCCCGGGCCGCGGCUCCGACGCGUCCGCGGCGUCGACGACGGACCGGUCGACGCCGGACCACUACUUCUGGCUCGGCCCCGGCGAGACGGAGUACGUCGUCCGCGGCUUCUUCGCGAACAAGCUCGAGUCGUACCCGUUCGCGUUCGGCUCCGCGGCGGCGUCGUCCGCGCGCGCGGCGCUCGCGGACGCGAACGGCGAGGCCGCGCCGCCCGAGAAGCGGGCCCGCGUCGACGACGCCGCCGCGCGCGCGGCGAACGAGUUGGGCUGCCUCCGGCUCCAGUUCGCCAAGGUCACGCGGUUCGUCGCCGUCGACGCGACGCCGGGCCCGACGGCGCCGCGGCGCGCGUCGCUCCGGGGCGCCGCGGCGGAGCUCGCCGACGCCAAGGGCACGCACAUCGCGGCCAAGGCCGGCCGCGAGGCGGAACCCGACGCGGGCGCGUCCGCGCUCGCGGCCGAGGCCGUGCUCUCGCCGAAGAUCAUCCACGAGUCGCGGCUCUUCUACAACGAUUUCGCGGGGUACCGCGCGCGGUCGAGCCUCGGCAAGGCCAUGCUCGAGCCCCUCACGUUCCAGGGCCUGCCCCUGUCGUGCUUCGCGCAGGCCGACGUCCGCCGGCGCUGCGUCGACGCGAUGCUCGCCGCGAACUGUGUGGAAAUCAAACAGUGA